CAGACAGAGUGAGGACUUCUCAGCGGGUAGCAUGUCGGUCAUUUUAGCAUCAGAUCGUUUUACAUCUACAGGGUAAAACAAGUUUUAGAUGUAGAUCCAAAAGCUCUGCAACGGACUUCCACGGAAGUUUAAAAUGUAGUGAGUCGUCUGUGGUAUUUAUAAACCAAGGCUUUGAAUCUAGCUCCAAACAGCCUUGUGGAUCAGCUUAGGUUGGCGUUUUCAAAGUGCAGACCUGACUUUUUUUCUGUCCCAAGCUGGAAGUUGAUCGUCUGCUCUGAAAUCUCUGUCAAGAUGGAAAUCUGCCGCGUCGCUCCUUAAAACGACCGGACGACAUGGGAAAAUGGGAAUUAACAAUGAAUCCUGUGCAGGAGUGGGGUGAGGAGUUUGAGGACGGUGUCAUUUAUGGGGUCACUCUGCGCCGGGAGCCCGUCGCCUCCUCGCCAAACCCUAAUGACACAAAUCCCGGCAGUGCCUUUGUCCAGUACAGAACCAGCAAAGUGCGUCGUCUUAAGGCAGCCACCUUAAACCAGCUUGUGAACCAUGUUCUGGACCCACACUGCCAGGAACAGGACUACGGCAAGAUCUUCUUGUCUACAUACAGAACGUUCACCAGCACCUCAACACUAAUAGAGUUGCUCUUCCUGAGAGACAAUGCUGCCACAGAUUUGGACACUGAGUCCUACAGGAGCCCUCUGUUGGCCUUUGUCCAGACAUGGUUGGAUGACUACAGUGAGGACUUCAGGGAUCCUCCCCUCCACCCAGCGCUCCGGCUGCUCCUGGAUCACCUGACCAUCAGCUCUGCAGUACACAGUGGCAUGCGUAGCCAGCCCAACUUCUGCUCAAUGGCUGGGCAAGCUGAGGCACUGCUCAAGAAGUUUCAGAAAGAAGAUGAAGCAAAUGGCGGUUCUGUCCAGGCAGACCUAGCACAACAUGAAGGAGGUUCUGCGGAUGAGGAUUCAGGAUGUGAAAACUCCCAGGAUCAUGGCGAUGUCAUGGAUUUCUCUGCUACAUCCAUUGCAGAACUGCUCACCCGACUGGACUCUGCUCUGUUUGUCAAAGUAGUGCCGUUCCAGUGUCUGGGCUGCGUUUGGUCGCAAAGAGACAAGAAGGAAAACAUGUCUCCCACCAUCCGGGCGACCAUCACACAGUUCAAUGCUGUUACCAACCAUGUCAUGAUCUCCCUGCUCUGCCCGUUCUCUGAUGCCAGCUCCAGUCCCACUUCCUCUCGCCGUCCUCCCGCUAGUCCUUCACAGAGGGCCCGCACCAUAGAGAAAUGGAUCAGAGUGGCACAGGAAUGUCGUCGGUUGAAGAACUUCUCCUCCCUCAGAGCGAUCCUGUCAGCCCUACAGUCCAAUGCAGUUUACAGGCUGAGAAAGUCCUGGGCGGCUGUUAGCAGGGAUAGCAUGGCUGUGUUUGAUAACCUCUGGGAAACUUUCCCGGAUGAAAACUGUGUUCUGACCAACAAAGAGCUUGUGGAGGUGGAUGGAAGACAAGCAGCCUUGGAUAGCAUUUCUCCAAAGAUAUCCAAGAGGUGUGCGAUCCCCAGACAGAUGAGUAUCUCCUCUGGGGUGGUCCCUUACCUGGGCACCUAUCUGACUGUCCUCACCAUGCUAGACACCGCCCUGCCAGACAUUGUGGAGGGUGGGCUCAUAAACUUUGAGAAGAGAAGAAGGGAGUUUGAGAUUCUGUCACAGAUCCGUGUGCUACAGACGUCCUGUUCCCAGUACAACCUGCCUCAUCACCCCAGAAUUGCUGCCUGGCUGCAGGAACGAAAGCUGCUCACUGACCAGGAGAGCUAUGAACUGUCGAGACAGCUUGAGCCUCCUGUUGAUGUAUACUCACCCACUGCCUGGAGCCACCGCUCACUCACAAAGAAACUCUCUUUCCUCCGUGCAUCAAACGAAGGAUCCAAAAAACUGCCUGCUGACCAGAUCAGUGUCUCAUCAUCUGGAUCUAGUGGCUCAGAGAUGGAAGAUCUAUCCUCCCCAAGCCCUACCUGCUCCAUCAGACUGCAGCCUUAUCACCGCUCAUGCAGCAACGUUUCAGAUACCUUCUCUUCCUCCUCCUCCUCCUCCUCCUUGGCCACUUCGUAUCCAGAAUCCCCAACUCCUUCCAGCUCAUCCUCUGACUGCCCAGUGGACCUGUGCCCUCUGUCCCCGUAUUGUGGAGGAGUUAAUGCAAAGCCUCCUGUGUCCUCCCACCAUAAACGCUCUGUGUCCAUGACGUCUCUGCCCAUCUAUAACCAACAGAUGGACGACUCCUGCAUUGUCAGGGUGAGCGUGGACCUGGGCCACAACAAUGGCAACAUGUAUAAAAGCAUCCUGUUGACAAGCCAGGACAAAACUUCACAGGUUAUUCAAAGAGCAUUGGAGAAGCAUCACCUCGAACAUAUGACCUGCUUUGACUUCACCCUUACACAGGUCAUUUCCCAGGAGAGAGAGUUGGUCAUACCAGACAAAGCAAAUGUCUUCUAUGCAAUGUCUACAACGGCUAACUUUGACUUUGUUCUACGCAAAUAUGACAUGGGUCAAAAGAAACCACUGAGAGCCACCUCUAGCCUUGGACGGUACACUAAGUAACAUGCCUGUGCUGAUUCUGCAAGAUCUACAAGAGGAGUUGAACUCACUUGAAUCGACUGGGACAUUUUUAAGGAUUGUUUUAUAAAAGAAAGGUACGGUCUAAAAAGGUAAAAUAUGAUGAUUGUAAGCCAAUGGACAAACUAUGCAGACGCACUUUAUGAAGAAGAUUAAAAAAGGAAAAAGAACACGUGGACCUAACAUGGUUUUAUGUCUUAUUGGAAUAAAUGGGUAUAAAGCCAAUACCCAUUCCUUAACUUUUUCAGAGGUGACACUACAGUACCAGGAUGCAUGUCUUAAUGCCCAAUGAUUUUAGCCCUCGGUGAGCAAUACAUAUUCACAACGCUGACCUAUUUUCCACAUAUAGGUUGAAAAUUGAGCAGCUGCUUCCUGAUGCAGUUGGCUGCCCAUAAUACCACAUAUGUUAAAAAGGAGUCAGGGUCAGAGGCUGUGUGAAGGCCAUACAGAUAGCAUUGAACUCCUCUGGGGACACUCAGCACCAAUUCAUCUACUGGUUUGUGCUUCUUUUGUGUUGAUGUGGCCGUGUCAUGUGAAGAGUGGGUGUGGAUGUUCUCUUAAGGGAUCACUGUGUUCCUUGAGUUACAGACCAGCUCCUCUGUUGUUGCUGUGAUACUCAUCAUGUGCGGCUGGCAGCUCUGACUGGAAGGAUGGCAUUCCUGAGCCUGGGUCACCAUGACAACCACAAAGGUUGAUGGACAGCUCUGUGACAAAAGAAGGAAAUGUACAAGAUGGCUACUGUAGAUAGAUGAGAUAAGUAUGUGUGGAAACAGAGAUGUGCUAUCAGCAUUAGUGCUAUGAUUUUAAAAGACCUUAAGUGUGUAGAAUUUUUUUUUUUUUUCACGUUGCGCCUUCAUUUGAUCAAAGAAUUGUAAGAACUCAUCUGGUAGCUUUAAAUUGUCUGGAUGCCAGUAGGAAAAGUAGUCUUAAGAGAAGGAAAUUUCUGAUCCAUGUCGGUACAGAUAGUUUUAGAGAUGUCCUGUUUUCUGAUGAACACUGGGAAUAUUUCAAAUGUUAGCAUUAAAAUUGUUUUGUUUUUGUACUUGAUUUUUUUUUUUUUUAAUUAAAAGAUGUUAUUGAUUAAUUUUGUUUAGAUUUAUGUACUGGUGCUUAACUGGCUUGAGCCUAAAGAAGAGAUUAGAUGGAAUCAUUUCAAUGACGUCAAUUGUAACUGAGACUAGUUCUUGUGAGAUAAUCAUCGUAGAAGAGGGUUGGUGAUCGAACAUUAAUUUAACUAAUUUAAGAGGAAGAGUUGCAUUAAAAAGUCUUCAGAAGAAUCUGGGUCAAGGCUUGUUCUAUGUUUUGAAAUGGAAAUGUUUAGCUUUUCAUUGUCUUGUCAAAGAAAAAUGAAAAGACAAACUGUUUAUUGGACAUGUAUUACCAAAACAUUGUGUUUUAAUGAACAGUUGUCUGAGUGGUUUCUCCUAUUAUAAAAUGCAGGCAACACAAACAUUCACACACCACCUUUAUCGCCUGUAGCUUAUUUUCUCCUUUAAAAAAAAAGAAAAAAAAAAAAAAGAAAAAAAAAUAUAAGUACCAGUUUAAUAUUUUCCCCUUUUUUGACAUUUUGUGA